GGAAUGCGUGGCACCGCUCUGAAACAUCCCAUCGCGCCGUGCUUCGAUGAUGUGGUGUCGCAACCGGCCCGCAGUAAGUCGGGUGCUCCAUUGCCCCAGAAUCGUAAGCUUAUAGCCGAGCUGGCAGCGAUGCUCAAAGAGCGGGAGAUUAGCACCACUGCCGAGCUGAACAUGUGCUCCGUGUUUUUGAGCGAGUUCUUCACCCUGGACAUGAUUGGCCGGUCGACCAAGCGCACCAAACGGAGGACGGAUGGUUUCCGCGGUUGCCGGGCCGAUGGUUAUGAUCGGAGUCCGUUCGUAACGCCACUCUCCAAUCCACUGCUCGUUUCACCCAACGAUCCGUACUACGGGCCUCUCGGAGUGCGCUGUCUUAACUUUAGCCCGCAGGAAAGGGCAAACGAUCGGUGCGAGCUGAAGCAUAUGGCUGAUCGUAAUUUGCAGAGCAGCUAUUUCGAUCUUUCCAAUCUGUACACCGAGCAAGCGACGUACGAUCAGGACGGUAAGCUGCUGCUGCAGCAGUGUGGAGCGCCCGAGACCAUAACGAACCGGAGACCGAUGUCGGUGCAGUUUUUCGCCGUUGCCGGUUUGUUUGCAAAGUUGCACAAUUACUGCGUGGAUCGGGCACCGCUGAAGGGUAGCGGACCGGUCGAGGAACGGUGCCGUGCGUUUACGAUCGCCGUGUAUCAGAAGAUCAUCUACGAGCAGCUUUUACCGGUACUGUUUGGUGAAGAGUUUUACAGUGAGUGCGAUUUUAGCUGCGAAUACAAUCCGAACGAGGAGUGUGCCGUCUCGCAGGUGUACAAGCAUGGACCGGGUCGCUUCCAGCACGUGUGGAUAGGCGAAACGAUGCUUUACAAACCGGCUCGUGGGGAGGCGGAGUGGAGAUCGUUUAACGAUUUCUUCCACAAUUAUGAAUCGUUCGAUUGUUUGGGUGCGCUGGCCGGUUCGCUGGACACGCCGAUCAACGUUGGAAAUCUCGCCAGUGCGAGCGUGGACAAGUUCGUUACGGUGGAUGGAUAUCGUGGCACUAGUCUACCAUGCAUCGAUCUGGCACGUAAUCGUGAUGCCGGGCUGUGUCCGCUGGUUACCUACAAACACCACGUGGAGCAACUGUUCGGAGAGGAGAGCCGAUGUUACAGCACGUUCGAGGAUCUGAGCGAUAUCUUUGCACCAGACGUGAUUGAAUUCUUCUCCCGACACUAUGAGCAUCCGGACGAUAUCGAUGUACUGUUUGCGAACAUGGACCAACGAUUCCAUCCGGGUGCUAACCUGCCAAAGAUGGUCGCUCAAUUGACGUGCCUUGAGAUGAAGCGUCUAAAGUGCACGGAUCGGUUCUUCUACACGUGGAAUCCAAAUCUAGGCAAAGGAGCGCGACAACUUAUAGAAGCGAUGGACUUUACAGUGCUAUUGGCUCUGGUGACCGAAAUGGAGGAAGUUCCAUUGCAACCGUUUUUCGUCAGCAGCCCGACUGUUGCGUCGUGUGAUGUGCGAGACUACAUGCAAUCAUUAGACCAUCUUUUCUCCGAUCUGUAA